CCAACAGAGUAUAAAAAAGUUUAAUUCUAGAUCCACUUCAUUAAAAUCAUUCAAAGUUUUACAUAUUUAGCAAAUUUUAGUUUUAUAUCAAGUAGUAUGAAUUUAAUAAUAAUUUUCUCAAUAUUUAUGACAUUAUACUCUAGUUCUGAUUCAAGCUGUUCCAAUGUGCCAACUGAAAAUUUAGUACCAACUGAAGAAGUCUUAGAUUCUGUUAUACGUCGUUCUGUAUGGAGUUCAUUCACUAGAACUUCAUUUUAUAUGGAUUAUAAUGGAGAAAAAUAUAAUUUUUCUAUGUAUUAUGUAGAACAAUUAAGAUUUGAUUUGAAAUACGAACAAGGUGGUAUUAUCUUAAAUUCAAUUUAUGUGUGUCUUAUUGAACAACUCUAUAAAAAGUGUUUAAAUGCAGCAAAUCAUUAUAAAAAUAAUUUAAUUAACCAUGAGGACAAAUUAAAGGGAUUACAUGAAGUAUGGAGUAGUAUAACCAUGUUGGAACCUUUGUUAGACCAUAUGAUUAACGCUCUUAAGUUUUUUAAUUAUAAAGAAAAGGCUGUACUAAAUAAUCUUGGGAAAUUGAAAAAUUCAAUUAAUGAAAUCACCGUAAAAAAUGAACUUAGUGAAGAUGAAAUUAAUGAAAAAUUUGAAAAAAUAUUAGAGGUAGUAACAUUUGAAAAUAGUCUUAAAGAAUUUAAAAAUAAUCACAUUAUUGUGUACGAAAAUGCAACAGAAUUAAUUAUUACUAAUUUUAUUAAUUCCUUAUGUGGUGUUAGGAGUUAUAUAAUUUUAGAUGAGCAAUUUAUUAACCCUAAACAAGCAAAUAUUCAAGAAAUAAUUGAAAAUGGUAUCAAGGCUUUUUAUUUCGAUUUUGGAUUUAGAUAUGAAAUGUUGCAUCAGACAAAUCAUAGAAAUCUCGAGUCUAAAUAGUAUAAAGUGACAUAUCUCUAUGACUAAAAAAUAUUUGUGUUCUUUUUUUCGAGAAUGAAAAAUUAUUUGUUAAUUUAAAAUCUCAAUUUAUUUUUCUUUAAAUAAACCUUUUGUUUAA